AUGGCCAUGUUUGCCCGACUCAGCAAAAGUUUUCGGAGAGCCAGUGUGGAUGGGAGAGAGACCAGAGAGGGGAGGAAGGAUGCUGGCCUUCCAUCUGAGAAUAAUGAAGGACUAAGGAGGUGGUCUUGGAGAAUGUGGGGUGACAGUGCUGAAAGCUCCAGGCCCUACCAUCGGCAAAAUCCACUAUAUGAAGAAUGGAAGUCUAAAGAGAAGGAGAUCAUGACAUUUCUGCACAACUUAGAGAUGGAUAACAUUGCUUUCCAAGAGAACAACCAGGAGCUCAAGAAGGAGAUAAAUUUCUAUUGUAACCUACACAGCCGGAUCCUGAUGGAGAUGAAUCUUAUAAAGAAGAAGUUGGUGAUAUUGCAGCAGGAGAGCAAGGAAGUACAGGCUGAUUGGCCCACCAGUCAUCAAUAUUUGGUGGACUUGAACCUGAGUGGUAAAGACGAACAGGAGAACACCAGCAACCUUGAGACUCAAGAGUCUCAAAAAACUGCAAGAGAGCUGGGACUGGCCACAGCCCAAGAAGAGAGCAUCCUGCAGAAGGAGUUGCCACCCCAGAAGCCUCCUGCUGAGCACCACCCCCAGCAUUCACAAUCUUCCUUCGAUGAAUCUUCUUCCAUAGAGUUCAUUUCCUUGGGGUGA